AUGGCAGCUUCCAUUUCCAAAGCUUUAGCGAGAAGAAUUCUCCGCCCUGACGGCUGCAGCACUGGCGCCACCGCCCUUCCGGCGAACUGGGUUCGGGCUCCACUAACUCCUCUUUCUUCUUUGUUCUCCACUUCAGCCCCGUCCUUCUCCUCUGCCUCUUCAACUCAAGAUGAAGAGAAGAGAUCAAUAUUGUCGAAGCUGCUCCUUUUCAUUCCAGGAGCUAUUACUUUUGGCCUCGGUACUUGGCAAAUCAUUCGAAGACAAGAAAAGAUAAAAAUGCUGGAAUAUCGGCAGAAUAGGUUAGCUGCUGAACCACUUAAGUGCGACCAAAUUGCUCCUUCGCAUCAAAAUUUGGAAUCUUUGGAGUUUAGGAAGGUACAAUGUAGAGGGUUUUUUGAUGAUACAAGGUCAAUUUACAUUGGCCCUCGUUCCAGAAACAUUUCUGGUGUGACUGAAAAUGGAUACUACCUCAUCACUCCACUUUCGCCUGUAUCUGAUAACCCUGAGAGUGUGCAGUUGCCAAUUCUGGUAAAUAGGGGUUGGGUACCCCGAGCUUGGAGAGAUAAGUCAAUGGAAGCCAGUGGAGACGAUAGACAACCUUCACCUGUUUCCCCUCGUCAAGAGAAAACUAAAACCUCUUGGUGGAGGUUUUGGUCUAAAGAGGAAAAAUCUAAUCAGGAGGAAGUACAAACUGUUAACCCAGUGGAAGUGAUUGGAGUUAUUCGUGGCAGUGAGAAGCCAAGUAUAUUUGUUCCAGCAAAUGACCCUAGUUCCUCCCAGUGGUUUUAUGUUGAUGUUCCUGCCAUAGCUCGUACCUGUGGUCUGCCCGAGAAUACAAUAUACAUUGAAGACAUUAAUGAAAAUAUUGAUCCUAGCUGCCCCUACCCUGUGCCGAAGGAUGUUAAUACAUUGAUACGCAGUUCGGUCAUGCCUCAGGACCAUCUUAACUAUACAUUGACCUGGUACUCGCUUUCUGCUGCUGUAUCAUUCAUGGCUUUUAAGCGACUCAAAUCUAAGCGCCGGAGAUAG